AUGUCAAAAAUGGCGGCCAAGUCAAAGAAGCGGCUGUCUAAAAAUGAAAAUAAAUUGUUAAGAUUAGAAAAAUUAGAACUGAAUGAUGUUAUUUGUUCAAUUUGUCAAUCUAUUUUAAUAGAACCUGUGACUUUACCUUGCUAUCAUGAUUUUUGUCAAAGCUGUUUUAAUAGAAGUAUCGAAAAUAAUGCUUUGUGUUGUCCACUAUGUCGACUACGAAUAGGUUCUUGGUUACGAACAGCAACAAAACAAAAGAAUUUAAUUAACAUUCAGCUUUGGAGAUUUAUAAAAAUAAAAUUUGAUGAGCAGAUUGAUAAAAAAUUAAAAGGAGAAGAUAUUGACUUACCACCAGAGACACCAUUGUUUAGAAUAAGCAAACCGGGAGAAAUAAGAUCUGAAUAUGAAGCUGAACUAGAGAGACUGAGAGCAGAGCGUCUGCGACUAGAACAACAAGAAUUUGAUAAAACAGAGCUCUUAAUUAGGAAACUCAACGAAGAAGAAAAAGAAGCUCAAAAACGAUAUUUAGAAAGAUUGAAAGAGGAUGAAAUACUUGCAAAGCGGUUGCAGCAAGAAUGUUCAAGAACAACAACUGUGUCCAAAACACCAAAGCGUAGGACUAUAACAGUCUCCUUAACUAAACCUAGACUAAGACCCACCACCAUAGAUAGUUAUUUAAAAAAGUCUUCUGUACAAGCAACUAUUGUAAAUAACAGCCCACAUUUGACUGACGACAAUACUAGUACAGAUGUAUCAACACCAAUAGAAUCAAACAAAUCAAAUAGCAGGCUAUCACCAGAAAUGCUUCCGAGCUAUGGGAAGCUUUUAAAAAAUUUCUUAGACAAGAAAAUCAAAAGUGGAACUAGAAUUUGGAACAAAGAAAAUGGAAAAAGCAUUCAAGAUGAGAAAAAAGAAAUAUUUGAUGAUAGCAUCGAUAAAAUUGAUAAAAAAAAUGUAAUAAAAACAAAAAUGGGCAUACAAUCUUUAGUUGUGUCCUUGCCUUUACCACAUUCAGGAAUCCUGCAUAAAACAAGUCAAACAGAAAGUCAAAAUGUUGAAACAAGCAGCGUUGAUUCCAUGCAGCAAGAGUUGUGUUACUUCAAACCUAUUGAAGGAACAACACCUACAAGUUUUAACACAAUCAAGGGUCUACCAUUACGAGUGUCUUGUAAACGAGUCGACGUAGAGAAGGUUUUGCCUCAAAAUGAAAUAACACCAAGUCGUGAACAGUAUAUUGAAGGGCUGUGUAAGCUUCGGAAUCUGUCACUGGCUCAAAACAUGCCAUCUGCAUUUGUUAUACUACUUGAUUUAUUUCAAUCUAAAAAGCAAAGCCCGAAAAAAUGCUCCACUUAUACAAGAUCAAAAGGUAAGAAAAAUUCGCUAAAUACUAACAUUCAUAGUCCUCCACUACCUUUCAAACGAUCUACAAACAAGAACAAAGGAGCAGAAAUCGACGGUAUCACGAAUAUAAAUGACGACACUGCAUCUCUCAGACGCACCAGAUCUAUGGGAAGUAUCCCGAAAGAGGAGAAUGAUGUGACGCCUAAAAAGAAAAUAAGAGAGAGAAAAAUUAAUUCGGACAGAAAACCAUACUUAAGGAGCGAUUCUAAAAGAAUGCAUCUUAAUAUGGAAUCGUGCAGUCCACCAUCGUUAACCGAAACAUUAAAUAAUAAUAAGGUAGAAUUAGCUGUAAAAAAUUUAUCUAGUCCGUUGGAAAAUUGUGAUGUCAAAAGCAUUUUGAGAGAGCAGCUACGUAUUGAAAAAAUUAUUGAGCAAGAGAAGAACGAUUUUGAAUUAGCGCAGAAGGUUGACGCCGAGUGGAACGGGCGGCGCCAGCUGCGGCGCGCGCCCGCCAAGCGGCCGCUGGCGCUCGGCUGCGCGCUGCGGCCCGCGAAGAAACUCAGGGCCUAGAGCUGCCUCGCUGGCGGCGUUUGUCGUUUUGUACUGCAUAAUGAAAUAAAUCGUGCCAAUAGGAGUAGUAUUAGAAACAUCGAUGUUAGAACGAAAUACAUGUAUAUAAUACG